GUGGUAUAAUGGCGUUCAUGCCUAAGGUAAUAGCUGCUGUGGACUUCGGAGGGACUUACAUUGGCUACUGCUAUACCUUUCUACGGGAAAGUACAAAGGGCUUACACUUUCCAGAAUGGGGGCCACACUGUUCCAGUAAAACAAAAGCCUGUGUCCUUUUAAGCCCCAACAGACAGUUCCAUUCUCUUGGUAACGAGGCAGACCGGAAAUUCUUGGAAUUACAGAAAUCUGGUGAAGCACCAGCCUGGUUUUACUGCGAAAACAUCAAAAAAAUUCUUACAGAAUCUCAGGAUUAUGUAACGUGUAGGAACAAACAAUCCCUGGCCGUGACCGAGGUACUCUCUGGUGUUCUACAGUACUUUCUCCAUCACCUGAUUAAGAGAUGUGGGGAUAUAGCGGAGUCUGUAUCACCUGCCGAUGUUCGCUGGGUCUUCAAUCUUCCGGUCAGAGCCAGGAAUGAUGUGAUGUCAGUUCUUAAAUCUGCUGCAAGCAAGGCCAACAUUGACACUGAAGCAAUCUACUUUAUCCCGGAAGUAGAAGCAAUAGUGAUUGCAGCUAAGAUACUCCAUCAGGAUAAAAACAUUCCAGAGACAGAUCAACUCUGCGUGUGUGACCUCGGCGGUUCAUCUGUGAGUGUCGUGAAACUUGAUGUGGACGAGAAUGGAACCAUAAACAUGAAGGAGUGCCAAUAUACAGAUAAUUUCGGAGGUCAAGGUUUGGAUAAACAGUUUUUAAAAUUUUUGAGAAAUGUUCUUGGCUCGCAUGUUAUCCAGGCCUUUGAGGACUACCUGCCGUUACAAAUGCAGGAGUUAAUGAGUUUAUUUGAACUGAGCAAGUCCAAUAUGACACCGGAAUUCACUAGAAAGUAUGUGUUUGGAAUUCCACCUUUGUUGGUAAAAAGGUUUAAAGUGUUCUUCCCAACGUUUCAAGAGGAAGAGCAGUUUGCCCCAAAUCCAAAAUUCGGUGAAAAAGUCAUCAUGUCUCAGAACAGCCUGACAGCUGAUGAAAAAAUUGUGUGGCACUUCCUAAAAGAGCCUGUAGAAAGUGUCACAGAAUACCUUCAGCAUGCCUUCGAAAAUCUUCAAGUACCUAAAACCACGACGGUCAUUAUCACCGGAGGCUUCUCAAAAAGUACUGGAAGUUGA